AUGAGGUUGUUUGCUUCAACCCUGCGACCUCACUUUCGUCGAUGUAGUCUCUCACCAACACCAUUGUGCCGUCACUAUGCCGUGCAAGCGCCAGGUGCGCCGACUCUCGAAGUCUUCAACAGUCAUGUCAAAUAUCUGCAAAAGGAACGAGCUGCUGCUCAUGCAGAGCAAAGCAGACAGGCGGAUUACCUGAAAGACGAGAUCGCACAGCGGCUGGUCGAUCGUUUACUUGACAUCAGUCGAGAAUUUCCCAAAGUACUCGAUCUGGGCGCAAACAGCUGUAACAUAGCCAGAGCUUUAGCAAAGCCUCCUCUACCUACACCUGAGAUUCCUGAAGACCUGCCUCGAGCUCCUAAAAAACCGCUAUCGCAAAGGAUACACGAGCUCGUAUGUGCCGACACCUCGCCUGGCAUGCUUCAGCGAGACAAUGGUCUGGAAGAGCCGGUGGUCCCAUUGACACAACAAGUGCUUCCUAGCUUAGAGACUCUACCGUACGAACCGGGUACAUUCGACGCUGUUAUAUCGUCCAUGGCUCUGCAUUGGGUCAACGAUCUGCCAUCACUACUUGCAAGCAUUAACUCUGUCCUCAAGCCAGAUGCGCCAUUUAUAGGAGCUAUGUUUGGCGGCGAUACUCUAUACGAACUACGAGCGUCACUACAACUUGCCGACUUGGAAAGGAGAGGUGGCGUACAGCCACACAUCUCGCCUCUUGCUGACGUGAGGGAUAUGGGCGGGUUAUUGGGCAAGGCUGGAUUCAAGUUGUUGACUGUGGAUGUUGAUGAUAUCAUCGUUGAAUAUCCCGACACUUUUGCUUUGAUGCAGGAUAUCCAGGCUAUGGGCGAAGGCAAUGCGAUCCUAAAGUCUCUCGGUGGACCAAUUCCACGAGAUGUACUGCUGGCAAAUGAGGCUAUAUAUAGAGAAUUACAUUGUAAAGAAGAAGAGAAAGAAAGGAUACCAGCUACAUUCAGGAUCAUAUAUAUGAUCGGCUGGAAGGAAGCACCUGGUCAGCAAAAGCCACUAGAAAGAGGGAGUGGUCAGGUUAACAUCAAAGACAUCCUCGAAGGUGGUGGUUUGGGCACGUAG